GCGGUGUCGUGACGUCACGCCGGGAGCGGGAGCUGGGAGCUGGAGCGGGACCGGGAGCGGCCCCGGGAGCGGGCAGUGCUGGGGAACAGCCCCGGGAGCGGGUCUCGCCGCUCUGCCCGCCCUGGGAUGAUCCCCUGGGAUGGACGGGAGUACCUUGCCAGCAGUGGCAGAAGAGCUCUUGAGAGAGAUCAGAAAGGCUUUUACGGAGACCUCCCAGGUGCCUGAUGACCUGCUGCUGGGGCUGAAGUUCAUUUUUGGCCCAUCUGCAGUCCCAGCUCUGGAUUUGGUGGACCAGCGUUCUGUCACCCGGCUCAGGUCCCCCAGUGGAAGGAUUCUCUACCAGGUCCUUGGGAGCUCAGGCAACCUCUACACCUGCUACAGCUCCUGCCACUUCUGCACCUGCCCUGCCUUUGGGUUUUCUGUGCUGCAGAAGAGUGAGAGCCUUCUGUGCAAGCACAUCCUGGCUGUCUACCUCAGCCAGGCCCUGGGAGCCUGCCAGGAGCUGCCUGUGUCUGAGGAGCAGCUCACAAACAUCCUCCUGGCUGAGGAAGAGGAAGAAGGAUGAAGGGGGAAGAAUUUGGAUCACUCCUGGCUGCAUAACUGGCAUCUUUAGUAUCUACAAGGCUGUCAAAUGCUCAUUGAGGCUGGUAGAUUUCUUCCUGUGCUGCAGCCAAGUGUGACAUUAAUUAGCAGCCUGGCACUGAUAAAUUAAUUAGACCUGUGUUGACUUCAGUUUUAUUUAUUCUGGUUUUGGGAUUUCUGAAGAUGUUUGAGCUAAUGAUUGUGAUGUGAGGAUGCAAAAGUCCUGCAGGUCUCAGUGAUGCACAGAUUAAAGAGCUGCUGUGGCUCUUUGCAGGUGGCAGCUCAGAGCCAUUUCUGAUUUUUCAGUGGCAAACCUGGUCCAGGGACUAGGGCAGGGACCCCUCAGCAGCCUGAGACUGGGGACAGCUCUGUGCUUCCAGUGGAGCAGGACCUUUGGGAGCAUCAACGUGGUUGCUGUACUUUCAGUCAAACAUUUUCAGACUGAGCACCUCAAGGCUGCUCCUUCCAGCUGUGAUCCCCUGGCCAUGCCCUGUGCUCCCUGAGGGCAGUGUGGCCUCUCCUGCUGCAUCAACCACCAGAAAUAAUGGGGCACAGGCUGAGCCAGGUGGUGUGGGUGGUAAAGGAAGCAUUUUGGAUGUAAAUAACAAUUCCUGCAAAUACAACAUGAGGAGAACACUUCCAUCCAUGCACAGCAGAGCAGGGACAGCUCAAUGGCCACAGCUGCACUGCCUACAGAAAGUUCCUCUGCUGCUUUUGCUUCACGUUUUUAUAGAAACCUUCAGAGCUUUUUAUUGAGGGGGGCAAAGGAGGUGUCCUAUUUUUAUUAUGCCUUGAAAUAUGUUUGGCUCAGAUCCACAGAGGCACUCCCUGUGCCCAGUGACCUGGGCAGAGUUAAUGCCUGGCAGCCAAAGGCACAGCUGGGCUAGGGAUGCUCCACAUCACCUGCAGGAAUUCUGGCUCAGCAGAGGCAGGGGAAGGGAGCAGGGGUGGAUGCUGAGCUGCACUAGAAGCUCUCACGUGUGGAUGAGUGUUCUGGGACCUUCUCUCCUGGUGUUACAGCACUGAGAGUUUCAUUUUGUUGCUGCUGUGAGAGUUUGGGUCGCUUUCAGGCAGCCAAAGGGAGAUUCCAUCCUUUGUUGUGAGGAUAAAUGUGGCUUGCAACCACUUGGCAGCACUGCCAGGGCUGCAGGUGAAACCCUGCUGGUGUCCAGCCCUGAUUAACAGCAGGAACACGGCCAAAGGUAACACAGAAAGCUGAGUGGGGCUGCUGAAGGAGGAGCACCUGGGACAGGGACUGGAACUGCUCAGACUUGGCUGGAAGUGCCCCUGUGUGAGACACUGAGCUGCAGCUAAAUUUGGACAUUGCAUAAACAUUGCAAAGCCAUUCAGAGCUCUCUGGUGGUUUCACCCAGGUCUGGGGCUGAGCUGCUCCAAUGGCACUGAAAUCCAGCACUCCCAGGGAACCAUUCCCUGUGCUUGGUGGGCCUAGAGUCAUUCCUGCAGCUGCUGCCUGCAGCUCCUGCCAGCUGGCAGGGGAGAUGCUGCAGGAACAAGAUUUCUUCAGCUUAUCAAUUGAUUUUACACCACAUUUAUCAUUAUAUAUGCCAGAGAAAUUAAACUCCUGGGGUCUUGUACCCCCCUUUUAGUGCAACAGAAUUAAAAAAAAAUAUAGAGUUGAUUUCUUUGUGAUUCAAGUACAGUUUUUCAGGGAUAAAAAUAUGAAAAUUACUGUUAGGGGAAAAAAAAAAAGCAUUCACAGCUUCUGGGGGUUACAGGGCUGCAGGGGUGCCCCAGCCAGACCAAGCUUUAGGAGUCAGGUGAGCUGCAGCAUCCACCUCUCACAGCUAAAACCUGCAAGGCUGGCAGAGCAAAAACCCAGUUGUGGAGCUUGUGUCCCCAGGCAGUGACACUGGCCUUGGUGGCUCUGGUUCAGAGCAGCCAGGACCUUUGGGGCACUUCUGCCUCCUGCAUAACUGGAUACUCCUGAUAACUGGGAACAGAUCUGGAGGCAAACCUGAGGCACUGGGCUGCACAGCCCUGUGAACCAAAGUGAUUUAAAGGCAAUAAAACCUCUGCUCUAAAA